AUGGCGAAUUCAUCCGGCAAGCCCAAGGGCAUCCUCAAAGACUCCAUCACGCCCUCGGGCGACUCCAAAAAGCAGACCGCACGCGAAAUCGCCAUCCACCACGCAACCCUCCUUCAGCACCGCAAAGACCUCGAAAGCCAGAUCCUCGACAGCCUCAUCCUGCUAUCAGAAUAUCCCCUCGUUAGGGAAGCCCCCUACAGCUCCGCAAACCCAGCCCCGUCCGACAUUGCAGACUUCAAGGCCAACGUGCGACUCUUCCAACCUUCAGACUACGAUGACCUCAUCGAAGAGCGCAAUGUGAAUGAACUUUGCGGCUACACGCUCUGCGCGAAACCAAGACGCCAGACGGGCGGCGGCGGGGAGUGGAAGCUGACGAGCAGCGGCGAGAUUGUCAAGCGCAAGGAGCUCGAGAAGUGGUGCUCUCAGAUAUGUGCGCGCAGAGCCCUCUUUGUCAAGGUCCAGCUCAACGAGACGGCUGCUUGGGAACGAGCCGGGAUUCCCGACAUCCAGAUCGAUCUUUUGGACGAGGACAAGUCUAUGGAGACGGAGGCUGAUCGGACUGCGCGCAAGCUUGGUGAGCUUAAGCUGGACGACCAGCGGCAGGCUGCCCGAGACUCGGCUGCUUUGGCGAUGGAACGAGGAGGCAACGGGAUCAACUCUUCCAUGGACAAGGUCAAGGUUACGCUGAAGGAAAAGGACGUCGUGGCGCCGUCUUUAUUGGCCGCUGGGACUGCCAGUUCAGAGGAUCAUUUACUUGUCGAUGGCCAUAAAGCAAAGAUACCCGAGGAAGAGACAAAGGAAUCAGAGUAA